CCGGGGGGGUCCAGAUCCGGGGGGGUCCAGAUCCGGGGGGGGCCGAGCCAGAACUGGAUUAUUUCACAACGAGGAAUGUUGGAAUUUGUCUCCCGUGACGCGUGAAGGCGAGUUGGAUCAACAUGCAGUUCCGGACGGUUCUGGACGUGAAAGUCGUGGACGUGGAGAAGAGGCGAAGUCCGUCCAAACACUACGUUUACCUCAUCAACGUCACCUACUCCGACAACACGUCCCACGUCGUCUACCGGCGGUACAGCAAGUUCUUCGACCUCCAGAUGCAGAUCCUGGACAAGUUCCCCAUCGAGGGCGGACAGAAGGACCCGAAGAAGAGGAUCAUCCCCUUCCUGCCAGGAAAGAUCCUGUUCCGGAGGAGUCAUGUGCGCGACGUGGCCAUGAAGAGGCUGCGCUUCAUUGACGAUUACUGCCGGGCGUUGGUCCGUCUCCCCCCCCAGAUCUCCCAGAGUGAGGAAGUUCUGCGCUUCUUCGAGACGAAGGUGGAGGACGUCAACCCGCCCGUGGAGGACUACGGCUCCAAGCGCAAGUCCGUGUGGAUGUACGGCUUUACAGACUCUCCCCGGAAGGAGGCCUCAGGAACAGACGGGUCGGAGCCCAUGAUGGUUCUGGAGCAGUUUGUGGCCGUGGCCGACUACGAGCGGCAGGAGAACUCGGAGAUCAACCUGAAGGCCGGAGAGACGGUGGACGUGAUCGAGAAGAGCGAGAGCGGCUGGUGGUUCGUCAGCUCGGCCGAGCAGCAGGGUUGGGUUCCGGCCACCUACCUGGACUCUCAGACCGGGACCCGGGACCGGUCCAGACCCGGGACCCGGGACGACUCGGACCUGGGCACCUCCAGGACCGGAGAAGUUACUAAGAGACGCAAGGCUCACCUGAAGAGGCUGGACCGCCGCUGGACCCUCGGGGGGAUGGUGAACCGGCAGCACAGCAGAGAGGAGAAGUACGUGAGCAUCCAGCCGUACCUCAGCCAGGGGAAAGACGAGGUGAGCUUCGAGAGAGGAGUCACGGUGGAGGUGAUCCAGAAGAACCUGGAGGGCUGGUGGUACAUCAGGUACCGGGGGAGGGAGGGCUGGGCUCCGGCCUCGUACCUGAAGAAACUGAACGAGGAUUUCUCUCCGCGGAAGAAGCCGCUGAGCGGCCCGGUGGAAAUCAUCGGCAACAUCAUGGAGAUCAGCAACCUGCUGCAGAAGAGGGAGAAGGAGCCGGCGGAGGGCGAGGCCGGUACCGCCGGGUCGGCCGGGUCGGCCGGGUCGGCCAGCACCGCUGGCACCGCCAGCACCGCCGGGCCGGCGCCGGAGCAGCGCCAGGCCGGCCUGCCGCUGCCCUACAGCUCUGAGAUCAACGCCGAGACGGGCCGCCGGCUCAGCGCCGGCCGCGACACCAACAGCCCCUGCCUGGGCAUCGCCGCUAGCGCCGCCGCCGCCGCUAAGGCCCGGGAGACCGGGUCACCGGCCGUGGCCCGGGUGGCGCCGCACCGCGUGGAGAUAGGAUCUCCAAACCUGAGGCAGAAACCGCCCCCACGGAGAGAAACACACCUGGGGUUCCAGCUGCCCAAGCCCCCCGAGCCCCCGGUGGUGGAGGCCGAGUACUACACCAUCGCAGACUUCCAGUCCUCCAUCUCCGACGGCAUCAGCUUCCGCGGAGGACAGAAGGCCGACGUGAUUGAGAAGAACCCGGGCGGCUGGUGGUACGUGCAGAUCGGGGAGCAGGAGGGCUGGGCUCCCUGCAGCUACAUCGACAAGCGCAAGAAGCCCAGCCUGAACCGGCGCAGCAGCACGCUGACCCGGCCCAAGGUCCCGCCCCCAGACCCGCCCGUCAAGAAGCCCGACCCGGAGGAGGCCCGGACCCAGCCCUCCAACCCGGCGCCGCCCAAGACCUCCGCGGAGCCGCCGGCGGGCCGGACGCCCUACGAGGAGCCCGAGUACGACGUCCCGGCGGUGGGAGCCGAGCUCGAGUCCGACGACGACGACAACAACAAGUACCGUGGCUCCCCGCCCUCCAGCAAGGCCCCGCCCCCUUCCAGCAAGGCCCCGCCCCCUUCCAGCAAGGCCCCGCCCCCCGUCUGCAAGGCCUCGCCCGUCUUCGCCCGUCGCAGGACCUCGUUCCGUCGUUCGGUGGAGGAAAUCGGGAAGGAGGAGUGCAUCUACGAGAACGACGGCAGCUUCCGGGACAGAACGGCUAAGGCUAAGGGUUCCAGUGCCCCCGGGUCGCCCCGCACCUACCAGUCCUCCACCGUCCCGCGGAGACCGUCCGGGUCGUCCCCGCUUCCCGACAGCCGGCCCAUGACAAAAACAAAGACCGUGACCCCGGAGACGACCCGGCGGAGCCAGACCCUGGGCCGGUCCCACCACUCCUCCUCGGACCGGAACCCGGACCGGAACCUGGACCAGACCCUGGGCCGGUCCCACCACUCCUCCUCGGACAGGAACCCGGACCGGAACCGGGACGACGUGGAGCGGCGGCUCGGCCAGAGCCCGUCGGCCCGGCCCAAGCCGUCCGUGCGGCCCAAGCCCCUCCUGACCCAGUCGGAACCGCAGAGCCCGGAGCGGACGGACGUGGGCGGGUCGCUGCGGCGGCAGCUCCGGCCCGGUACCGGCCAGUACCGCCGCGGCCUGAAGCCGACCCGACUGCCCGGCGGGGACGAGUCCGAGACCGGGUCGGCGGCCUCGUCCUCGGAGGACUCGUCCUCCGUCUACUCCAAGGGGAGCCGCGGGGACUCGGACCCGGAGCCGGUCCCGGCCCUGUACCGGUCCCAGGACUCGUCCCGGAGCUCCUCGGACCCGGAGCCGGUCCCGGUCCUGUACCGGUCCCUGGACGUCUACCAGAAGGUGCAGGACUCGGAGCUCAGCUUCCCGGCCGGGGCGGAGCUGGAGGUUCUGGAGAAGCAGGAGAGCGGCUGGUGGUUCGUCCGCUGGGGCAACGAGGAGGGCUGGGCUCCCAGCUACUACCUGGAACCGGCCCGCGGGCCAGCGCCGGCCCGAGGGCCGCCGCCGGCCGACGCCGCGGCGGAGCCGGAGACGGAGCCGGCGCGCCAGGGGAACAACGGCGGCGGCGGCGGGAACAAGUCCAGCACCGGCAGCCUGGACAAGAACCAGCAGCAGGUUCUGGCGCUGAACAACAUCAACAUGGGUUCGACCCGCCUGAGGAGGGAUUCCCCGCCGAUCCCGUCCAAGCCGCCCGGCGGCUUCUCCAAGCCGUCGGCGUCGUCGCUGGUCAACGGCAGCGUGCGCAUGAGGAACGGCGUGCGGCAGGUGGCCGUCCGGCCGCAGUCCGUGUUCGUGACGACAACCCAGACCAAGGACCAGGCCGGCGCCGCCUACCUGACCGGGUCGCUGCGCCGCAACGAGUCCCUGGGCCGCAGCGGCGGCGGCGGCGGCUACUACGGCUCCGGCUCGGCCACGCUGGGCGUCCGCCGCAACGCCUCCUUCAGCACCGUCCGCCCCCACGUGGUGGUGGAGAGCCAGGCCCGGCCGGCGGUGGUGCCGGGGCGGCCCGGCAUGGCCUUCAGCACCGGCAACGUCAACCAGGAGGAGUUCCUGAGCAGAACCGGCGGCGGCGCCGGCCAGCGCAACGGCGUGCCGGUGUCGGCCGUGCGGCCCAAGCCCAUCGAGAAGAUCCACAACAACCUGAGCCUCGGCGGCCGGGACGUGUUCGUGUCCAUCGCCGAUUACCGCGGCGACGAGGAGACCAUGGGCUUCAGCGAGGGGACCCGGCUGGAGGUUCUGGAGCGGAACCCCAACGGCUGGUGGUACUGCCAGGCCCAGGACAGUCUCCGCAAGGGCUGGGUGCCCUCCAACUACCUGGAGCGCCGGAAGUAGGCCCGGCCAGGAAGUAGGCCCGGCCAGGAAGUAGGCCCGGCC